GUUCCAUUGACACUUUCUUCUUUGUCGUACUUGACACCUCUUACGCCGAUGGAUGUCCUCAAUCACAUAGAGCUGACUAUACCUGUCACUCAAGUCAGACCUACUCUCCGAGCUCUGCUGAAUGCAAUCUUCUUUCAUCGUACGCUUGACGUCUUCGAGCCUGAGACGUGGGACAUAGGCGAAUGUCACAUACCUUCAGUACCCAGUAGCACCAUCGAGAAGACCGUUGCAAGCAAGAUUGAAGAAUUCACCAGGGAGUAUGUAGAUACUAGAGCCCCGAGCGGAGAGAUCGCAGUGGUAUUCCUCCAACGCAAACCACGUAAGGGAUGGUUCGCAGUUACUGAAGAACUCGUGCCGUGGGAGGAGCAUCUCAUCACUUUACACUUCACACGAGAUCGGCCCAAUCCCCAGACUCCGCCACCGAAUCCACUUCCUGCUGCUCUGUUGAAGAUAAUUACGUUCUGCCUCGAGAAGAAUGGCAAUGUGCCUUCUCUGACCGGCACCUCAGAGAACAGCAAUUUGUCGCACCAAAUCUUGGUUGGUCCACCCUCUCCAGCCGAACUUUUCACGCCCUCUCCACCCCUUCAUCCAACCCGCUUGACUUCUCCACCACCGCAGCCUUCCCUCACUACGACGCCGGCCACAGUCAUCGCCAAGGAUCAAACUCUUCCAGCAUCCUCUGCCGUGGCCGAAGUUAGCUCCGCAGGGGCAAGUGUCGCCUCUCCUCCCACGUAUAUUGUUCCUUCAGGAUCCAGUGGAGCCGGCACAGGAGGCAUUGAGCAGUACCUCGAGCAGGCAAAGGAUGGACUGAGAGCGGUUGGUGCGAAAGCAGGCGCCGUAGCCGGCUGGACACAGAGGAGUAGCUCGGCGAGUCGCGGCGUCUGAUCACGUUGGACUCAUCUCGAGCGGAUUGGUUCUCGAGGCAUUCAUGUCCAGCACGAGAGCAAUCUCUUCAUUGCUGAACCGUUCCACCGCCGAGUCUUCAGCUGGACGUGCCGUCCGUCUAUGGUCACUCGACGAAAGAUAUCCUUGGCUCGGUACACUACACGGUCAGAGAAACGGACCUGGUCGAACUCACAGGAAAACUCGUCACGGAAGUGGACGAUCGCAAAUGUCU